AUCUUAUUCGAAAUUUUGCUAGCCGGUGUUACGUCGUUAGACGUCGAGCUCGUAUAUGUUUGCUAGGCCUGAGCUGAGCUGCUGUGAACGCCCACUUCAGCUACUGCUGCUUUUUUCCUUUUUUUUUUUUUUUUUUUUUUGCGGAGGGACAGUUCCAUUCAUAGGGCUGGGCAGGCGAGGCAAGGCAAAACGCAGGAGCGGCAACACCAUCGGCGACUACUGUGGAACCCAGAUGAUGGUCUUACACUGAGUAUAUCAGGCCAAUUCAAAGUGUGCUGCCGGUAUCAGACCUUUUGUCAUCGGACCCGCCGCGAACCUAAACCAAAAAAGUAAUGGAAUUUAAGUGCAUUUCCUGAAUAUUGGUGGUCCUAUACUCGACCUGCCGCGGAAAUAGACGGACUUCCUAGACGCCUGGCUCUCCCCUGCCGCAGCCCUACCACUCCACUCGGCUCAUUUAACACACACCGCCACCGGACUACUGGCUCUGGCAUCUGGAUACAUCGAAACGGGUCUGCCAUCGUUUUAGAAACGCGAACGUGCCUGUGUGUGCUUCUGUUGCCUGUAUAAUGCCGACACAUUUGCGGUUCCGGAGAAGGUCAUUCCUUGGGCUUUUAUUCCUUUUUACACUGUCCACCUCGGCACUAUAUUUCAUCUACUCCGCCCCCGGAAUCGUGAAUGAGUAUGUGUUCAUGGUCCAGGCCAGAGGGAUCCAGAUCAGAGAGAACGUGAAGAACAUUGGAGCUCAGGUUCUGGAGCAAGUAGUGAGGGGGGCUUACAGCAUAAAUGGCACAGAUUAUUCCUAUGAUUUCAACUUCAGCGAAAGCGAUGCUCUUCCCACUACAUACCUUCCCGAAGGUUUCACCUACCUCCCCUCACAAGUUUGCCCUGAGAGGCUGCCCACCAUGAAGGGCAGGUUGGAAGUGAAUAUGAGUGAGAUAUCUCUUGAAGAAGUAGAAAGAUCCUUGCUGGAGGGAAAGCCCAACAUUGUCCCUGGAGGCUACUGGAAGCCCACAGACUGUUUACCUCGCUGGAAGGUGGCAAUCCUAGUUCCCUUCAGGAACCGACAUGAACACUUGCCCAUUCUCCUGAGACACCUGGUGCCAGUGCUGCAGAAACAGAGACUCCAGUUUGCCUUUUAUAUCAUAGAACAAGCGGGUACAGAGCCAUUUAACCGAGCCAUGUUGUUCAAUGUUGGCUACAAGGAAGCUAUGAAGGACCUGAACUGGGACUGUCUGAUCUUCCACGAUGUAGACCAUCUAAUGGAGAAUGACAGAAACUACUACGGCUGUACAGACAUGCCCCGACACUUUGCGGUCAAACUGGACAAGUAUUCCUACAUGCUUCCGUAUAAUGAGUUCUUCGGUGGUGUCAGUGGCCUGAUGGUUAAGCAGUUCAAAAAGAUUAAUGGAUUUCCCAAUGCGUUCUGGGGCUGGGGAGGAGAGGACGAUGACCUCUGGAACAGGGUGCAGUUUGCCAAUUACACAGUAAGCAGACCACAUGGAGACCUGGGACGCUACAUGUCUAUUCCACAUCACCAUCGCGGAGAAGUGCAGUUCCUGGGCAGGUAUAGUCUUCUCCGUCACUCAAAGGAGAGACAGAAGGUGGAUGGUCUUAACAACCUAAACUACUCCCCCCUAGUGUCCAGAAUGCCUCUCUACACCAACAUCACAGUCAGCUUGAGCAGAAAGCUUGCACCAAUAGCUGACUACUGACGUAGGCAGAGCUGGACUGCAAAAUCAAAGUCCUUUGGGACAUCAGCCAUAUCUCACCAGUUGCAACACUGCUUAGGACUUUUUAGUUGACAGAUUUAUUGCUUUUUUUAUUUUGGUUGUAUGCAAAAAAAAAAAAGGAGAAUCAAAAGCAUAUGUUUGAUAAAUCAUAUAAGAAAAUAGGGAUAAAUGCUGCACUUGUUUGUGCCACAGUCCAUCACUCCUCUCAUCUGGGCUUAUCUAGACUUCAGUCUCCACAUGCCUUUUGCACCAUUUUGGCCUUCAGCAUUCAUUCCUCAAUUCAUUUUCUUCUUCUGUCCAUCACUAGCUCCUCGUGGCACCUCUGUGCUCGAUGAUUUCGAUAGGUUAUGGUACACAUACGUUUAAGUGCACGCACAUAAACACACACACACCACACAUGCACGCAGAGUUUGGCUUAAAUGUGCUGACAUUGUCCUGAGGCUAUGAUUUUUUUUUUUUUUUUAUCACUUUUCUCUUGCACUUCUUAUUUCAUAAAUGCAGUACGCCUGUGAAACAUUUGCAUGCACACAUAACACCACACAUCAACUUUAAGCGAGUGGACUCUUGCAGCUGGUUCUGCAUACGGUAUGCCAAAUCUACAAGAAAAGAGAGCAAGAGAAGAUGACAUAGGGAGUUAGAGGCUGUGGUUAUAUAUUGUAUGUGAAAUAGUUUUUCUUUCUAAGUUUAGAGAAUAUUGUUUCCUUAACCAUCUCUUGUGUUUUGUCUUUUAAGCACACGAUUUAAAGACUGAUGUUUGCGUAAUUGCAUGGAAUGUCCUGCCUGCCUGCAAGUGGCUGUAUGUUGGAGUGCAAUGUUCAUCCUGUUAGCAAUAAGCUGUAAUAUCAGACAGCAGAACUUUAGCCCUGACUUCCUCACUAUACAGAUGCAAUAGCGCGGGUGCUAGCAUACCCUCAUUGGAUUAGAGAGAAGAAGUGACUGCGUAUGCAAACUUCACACUCAACCCAACUUUGCCUAAGCAAACAUGCCACCCUGUUCAGAAGUUGCGUGUGCCUGUUUGCGUGUCUGUGUGUAAGUGAGGGAGAGCUAUGCAAAUGGCCUGUAUGUGUCUCGUUGUCGGUUCAAAGUUAUCGGGGUGACGUCCCGGGAGACUUUGCUUCUGAAGCUUUGACCGGCAGGUUGCAGACCUCACUUGGCAUGCGGGUGUGAAUUCGGGCCAGGGAGAGAUAAACACUUGCCUUUUUUAUUUUUAGGUUUCACGUCUUCAAUGUUUACUCACCUUCAUUGUGACAAAAGAGAAUUGGAAUUAGAAAAUACUUGAUUGCUGUAACUGUCACUGGUGUUUACAGAAGCGUUUGCUUUGUUAUUUUGCAGAUUGUGUAGUCUUUGUAAUACUGUUAGCCAGCCCUGCUUCACUUUGGGCCCUGUGAAAAUACAACUACCAUUCGAUGGCUGCCUUUACUUUUUAAAUUACACCUCUUUCUUUAUCAACAUUUAGAUUGGUGGGAAAAAAUCCACAGCUUGUCUCAAUCCUUAUCUGAAGUGUCAGGUUAUAACCACUGAUUAGCUUUGUUAACUUGUGGCCAGGCUUUGGCUUGUGAGAUUUCUUGUGAAAUUCAUUUUUUUUUUUUUUUUGAUAGAGGAGGGUGCUCUAAACAGAGGUUUAUGUUCAGUGGCAUGCAGCCUUUCACUGUGCAUUAGACACAGACAACUCUCUGGCAGUACAUAGAAGUGUAAUGCUCCUCUCCGAUUUGUGUGUGUUUGACAGUGUUGAUUUCAGUAAAAUCCCAAUACUGUAAAUGAAGUUCCUUUUUAAUAUAUCAUACAGACUUUACUGUCCUCACUGUCUGUCCUCUAGUCAUGCAGCUACUUCAUUUCACACAAAUCGCCUUGUACGCAUUACUUAACAUGUACCUUUUUGAGGAAAAUAUUGGUGGUUGACUUACUGUUGUUCCCACAAUGAAAUAUGGAGCAAAGAGGCUGGACCUCAUUUUAUUUAUUUUUUUGGAUUAUUUUCCUUAAUUGUUCAGUUUUUAUUUUAUCUUGCAGUUAAUGUGACGGUUUAAUAGGUGACACAAACUGAUAUAGAUGCACUGAAAUGUAGUCAUGCGUAAUUGUGUGGGGCGGUGAGGUUCAGGUCUGUGUAAAUGAGGCUGUUCCAUUUCAUUCAGAUUCUUAUUCCCUCUUAAGAAAAUGCAUAGAUAGAUAGAUAACUGCUUCUAAUGAAAUGGAAUGGGACCUGUAGCCUGGUAUUAAAUGUUAAUCUCCUGAGCAGACAUAUUGGAGGAGGCCAUUUUGUGUGACAACCACAGGAAGAGCAAGACACAGAAUCAGAAAAUGCUACUGGUCACUGUCUUUCACUGAUCACCUCCAUUAUACUAAUUGAUGAUCAAUGGUGCUGACCUUCCAGAGGUCCCUUCUAGGGACUCUCUCUGCGUGCUUACUGGAACCAAUCCCAACAUCACAGAGGCUGGUAUUGACAGGCAAAACAUCCUUUAAACUUUACAUUUUAAAUCCAAUUACAGGAGCGGAUGUUGAGCAUGUUUACAUCCAUACAUUUGUAAGCCUGUUGCCUUUCCACCUUAAAGUUGAUCCAAAUUGCCGCAAGCAGAAGCACGUUUACUUCCUAGCCUUUCACCCAGGAGGUGUCCAGUGGAAGUCACAGACAGUAGGAGCAUUUUAGUUGAGUUUUCUUUUCCACGUGCGUUUGAGUGAAAUGGCUAAACCUUUCCGAGGUCUACCUAUCCUCCUAGGUUUCAAAGUUUCUGUUUUGUUUUGGUUUUUUUCCUUUUGGUUUUGCAGCACUGAUGACAAAAUUAUUUAUAGUGACCUUGUUGUGAACAACUGGUAGGUUAUUAUUCUAGGUCUUGGUACCUACAUAAUGCACUGUAUAUUAUCUCUUUUUUUUAAUGUUUCAUUGCUUUAAAUUAAAAGCUAGGUGGACUUAUAGCAAAAGCCAAAUGGUUUUAAAUUGAGUGUUCAGGUAAAGAGAUGGACCACACAGGACAUCUUAAUACAAAGAGGCCCUCUGAUCGAGACCUGGUUAGGGUCAGUAUUAGGCUUUAUACUCCACAAUGAAGAACGAGCAGCUUCAUAAGCCAACACCAUCUUUGAAGAGACUAGUACACAGCUUUGUGUUUUUUGUGACCUUGCAACAGGGACAAAUCAGUCAGUACUUCUGCUUUUAUCUAAAACAGGAAGUAGAUUGAUUUUACUCGGUGAUAAGAGCAUGUUGGCUAGUCUUGUUCCAGUUCUAUCUAUCUAUCUAUCUAUAUAUAUAUAUACAUAAAUAAAAUGUACCUGGUGUCAGUCCAGACCCAGACCAAGACUGCUGCUCAGUAAAGAGUCUUCAUCGUUCCAUUAUCUCACCUCAUCCAUUCUGUGCCAGUUUAAAUGAAGGGACCAUUCUUUGGGCAUCUGACAAAACUGGCAGCCUUAAAGCUUCUUAAUUUAUUGCAGUGUUUUUGGGUUUGUUCUUGUUUUUGUUUUUUCGUUGUUUUCCAUUCAAGUUUUUAUUUUAUUUUUUUUAUAAGCAAAAAUAUUUAAAUUGAAAAAAAAGUGCAUAUCAAGAUAAUUAUCAUUGUAAAUAUUGUUGUGUGUAGUGUUUUAGAAAUUCUAUAAGGUCUUAAUUCACUACAGAUGCUAAAGAACAAGGCUUCGGGAGGGUUUGGCUUGUGGGUUUAUCCGGUGCCAUUUAAGUGCUAGUAAAGCUUACACAGUGACAUCAAUGUUUUUACAUCACUGCUUCCCAGCACAGACCUUUUUGUUUCUGAUGGAAAAAUAACCUCAUUUCAUAAAUUUUAAAUUCCUCUCACGAUCUCAGAGGUGUUCUGCAUCCCGCAGACCUCCCUGUAUUUUAACGCGCUGUCGCAAUGCAAGGCACACGUCGUGGCAGACAGAGGCGUAAAUCCUUUGAUGAAUUUAACUGUCCUUGUAUCUGCACGUGACGUUUCUUUUUAAUAGUGACAGCAGCUGAGAUAAGGCGCAGGUCACAGGAGAGCGCUGCGGGAUAGCAGUGUUUCAGCCAAAAAAACAACACCUUAUGCUUACAAUGCAAUGAAACACAGACACCCAAACCAGCGACCACAAUCCACUCCAAAAUCCACACAAAUUAUUUUUUUGUAUGAAAGCUAACUAUUUAAAAAAAAAAAGAAAGAGAAACAAAAUACAGCUAAAUUUAAAAUUUAUCUCCUCUGAUUGUAAGGAGAGACUAUCUCCUUGAACUGAAGCCAUUUGAAGCCACUUGUCAAAACUUGAUGUCAGCCUUAUGUGGAUCCGUUUGUGUAUUGGCAUAUUAUCUUUUGAUUAUUGAAAUUUGUAUGAUGGAGAUUUUUCUUUUAUACCAUCAUUGUUAUUGUCAGAGUACACCAAUAAAAGUAAAACUUGUAAAGAUA